AUGCCAAAUAUCUUAGCUAAUGGGACAGUCCCCUCCGCUUCCCCGUCAAACUUUAUACUUGCACACAAUCAUCAUCUUGGUGGAGUCAGCCCCAACACCGAACCAGUUUCCUCGCCAGCCCCAUCGGAUGAAAGCACGGAUAUCAAGGACUACUUGACCUUUUGCCACGUCGAUCAUAAUUGUCAAUCAAUAAACAAGGCACUCACUGAUUACGGAAUCACUCACUAUCAAGAAUUUGAACACAUCACAUCUGAAGAGCUUGAAGCCGUAGGUGUUAAAAAAACCAAAGCAAGAUCACUUGUCUCACGCAUCAAAAAGUAUGAGCGCAGUCUCAAGAAGCGCCGUCUUAAUAAAUAG